GUCUCUCCAUUGAUGCUCCUCUGAGCUCCUCCAAUCAUCCUCUGCAGCCUUCUUCUCCUCCUCUGGGUUCUCCUCUCUUCUGCUGGAGCCUCCCGCCAUGCAGCUCCUGGUUCUCCUGUGCGUAAUGGCGCAGCUCCUGCUGGCCGAGGCGCGCAUCGCCAAACGCUUCGCCAUCGACUGUCCGGAGAGCUGCGACAGGUCUCAGUGCCCGCAGAUCCCCGCAGACUGCCUGGCCGGGGACGUGCUGGACCGCUGCGGCUGCUGCCCGGUGUGCGCCUCCGGGGAGGGCGAGCCGUGCGGCGGCGCCGGGGACCCGGACUGCGCAGAGGGGAUGGAGUGCUUGGUGACCGACGGCGUGGGGGCGUCCGCCACCGUGAGGCGGAGGGGCAAAGCCGGCGUGUGCGCGUGCAGCAGCUCCGAGCCGGUGUGCGGCAGCGACGGGGUGUCCUACCGGAACAUCUGCGAGCUGAGGCGCGUCAGCAACCGGGCCAUGAAGCUGCAGCAGCCGCCCAUCAUCUUCAUCCAGAGAGGAGCCUGCGGGAAGGCUCAGCAGAACCCCGACAGUCUUCGCUACAAAUACAACUUUAUCGCUGACGUGGUGGAGAAAAUCGCUCCUGCUGUUGUUCACAUUGAACUCUUCCGCAAGAUGAUGUUCUCUAAGAGGGAGGUCGCCGUGGCCAGCGGCUCUGGCUUUGUUGUCUCUGAGGACGGACUGAUCGUCACCAACGCACACGUGGUCGCCAACAAGCACAGGGUGAAGGUGGAGCUAAAGAGCGGUGCCACAUAUGACGCUAAGAUCAAAGAUAUUGAUGAGAAGGCAGACAUUGCUCUCAUUAAGAUCGACGUACCGACCAAGCUGCCUGUGCUGCUCCUGGGCCGCUCCGCAGACCUGCGUCCUGGAGAGUUUGUGGUCGCCAUCGGCAGCCCGUUCUCCCUGCAGAACACCGUCACCACUGGGAUCGUCAGCACCACCCAGAGAGGAGGGAAGGAGCUGGGCCUCCGAAACUCAGACAUGGACUACAUCCAGACAGACGCCAUCAUUAAUUAUGGGAACUCAGGAGGACCGCUGGUCAAUCUGGAUGGAGAGGUUAUCGGCAUCAACACUCUGAAGGUCACGGCAGGAAUCUCCUUCGCCAUCCCAUCAGACAAGAUCCAGCAGUUCCUGGCAGAGUCCCAUGACCGGCAGGCUAAAGGGAAAACCUUCCCCAAGAAGAAAUACAUCGGCGUCAGAAUGAUGAGCCUCACUCCGUCGCUGGCGAAGGAGCUGAAGGAGAGGCAUUCAGACUUCCCAGACGUCGCUUCAGGGGCGUACGUCAUCGAGGUCAUCAGCAGAACUCCAGCUGAGGCAGCCGGCCUGAAGGAGAGAGACGUCAUCAUCAGCAUCAACGGAGAGCCCGUCGCCUCGGCGAGCGACGUCAGCAACGCCAUAAAGCGGGACGACAAGCUGAAAACGGUGGUGAGGCGGGGCAACGAGGAUGUCAUCCUCACCAUUGUCCCCGAGGAAAUUGACCCUUGACCUCUUACCUGACGCAGCAGCCAAUAAGCAUCAGAGCUGAAGCAGUCAACCAAUGGUGGGCUGGCCUUCGGAGCUUCUCGACCAAUCAGGAAGUCUUGAUUUCCUCGGGCAUCAGUCGGAGGUUGCCUGAGUGCCAGGCUGCACCCAGGAACGUCCCCUGCUCUCUAGAGCCCCCCGCUCUGAGGGGCCCCUUCCUUCCCUGCCAUCUUGGCUCUUCUCUACUCUGCAAUUACUCUCCAUCAUCAAUCAUCUUUAUAACCUACUAACAUCCUGCCCAGAGAGGUUACUGCAGGUCACCGUAGUUCUUCAUGUACAGCACGUUCCCCUUCAGGAGGGAAUCUUUUUCUUAAAGUGUUUUUUGACUUUGUGUUUGAUGACAAUGUUGUCAAAAAGAGGGAAUAAAAUUAUUUUUGAGAAAAA